CAUUACAAAUAGGCAACGCCAAAAUAAUAAAGUUAAACAUACAAUCAUAAUUGUGAAGAUUGUAUGUUUAGCUUUAUUAUUUUGACAUUGAUUUCAGCAGUAAGCUUAGCAGUGCACAUCUGCAGUUUAAUACGUUACGUUUCCUACCGCUGUGUUGAUAGAACUUUAAUUUCUUGACUAAAAUUUUUUAUUAUAUUAAUUUUUGUAUUCUGAACUUAAUUUUUUUUUAUUUAUUUAUUCAAACAUUUACCUAUUGACUUCAAAUUUCUUGUAAGUUGCUUUUGUGAAUCACUCUUCUGUUUUAACGAAGAUGUUCUACAAUCUUGAGAUAAAGUUUACAUUAGGAUUGAUUGCUGUCUCAGUUAUUAUAAGUCUGGGACAAGCUUAUCCGUCCACUGAUUUCGACGACAAUUCGCCAGCAGGUGUCGAUAAAGACACUUUGUUGAAAGAGCUAAUGGAUUUUGUCAAUCUUCUUCCAAUGGAUGAAGUUAUUGAAAUAAUAGCCAAGUAUGUAACUGAAGACAUAAAAGUACGAGAAGCAUUAGAUUUUAUAGAAACAAGUGAAUUUGAUGAUUUGAUGCGUACUCUUGAAUCUCUUAACGAAUAUCAAGUAUACGUAGAAUUUUUAAAAAAGGUUGGACUCCCUAUUGAGGAAAGCGUAAAGCAGAAGAUACAACAUGCCUUGAGUAUAAAAGAUAAUCCAUCUAAGAUAGAAUCUAAGGUUCAGGUCGGUGACGGAAUGGAAGGAAUGUUCAAGUAUCUUCUUAACGUCUUACCUUUGGACAAAAUUGACGCUCUUUAUGAAGAAAAAAUGAAGACUUCCAAAGUUUAUGGUGAUUUCAUUACGAAAAUUAUGUCGAAAGAGUUGGAUAAAAUCGUCAAUGAUCUAAUUGCUAAUGAUACCUAUAAAAUGUUUAUUACAAAGACCAAAGAAAAAGGAUUAGAAUUCGAAGCAUUAGCUCUUUUUGAUGCAAGAAUGAUUGGUAUUAAGUCAGAAUACGAUCGGUAUCUACACCUUAACGCUAUGUAACAUGCUGCAUAUUUGCUACUUAUCAAAGUAAAUUAUAUGUUACUGUAACAACGAAACAAAAACAUUACUAAUAUAAUAAUUGUUUGUAAUAGUAAUGUAAAAAAUUAAUGUAAUAAUAAUUUUUUUUUGACGAAUAAUAAAUUUGCUACUUUAAAAUAAACUCUUAUUUUAUUUCUUCUUUUUCUUAUCGAUAUACUUUUUAUAAUUAAUUCUCUUAAUUGCUGUCGUUUUUGCUAUCUUUAGAUUAUAACUGUCGCAGCGGUUGUCAUUUUCCUUAUUUUAAGUAAAGAAAGAAU